UUUCCAACGUUUCUCAUGCCUUCAGUUUCUAUUUAUAUUAAUAAGCAGACUUAUUUACUGUUAAAGUACAUUAAGAUAUAUUUCAGUCGAUAUUCUAGAUAUUGUACAAUAUUACACUGGAUUAAAACAGCUAAACCAAAAUGAACAAGGAUUUGGAGGAGUUGAUAGAAGAAGCGGACGAGAGUGACCCGGACAGUCUGCUGCUGAUCAAGUCCUCCAUGGAGAGGGAACAAGAGGACAACAAGGAUUUCAUUGAGAUACUAAUUAGCAAAUUGGACUACAUGACAAUAACAUGGGAACGGCCAUGGUACCAGAAGACUGGCAGUGUCACGCGCUUGCCGAAGGCCGACCCGGAUGAAGAGGGCAGUCCAGAACCGUUCCGGAAGGGCAUCAUCAGCACCGCUGAGGGUGAGGCUAUUGACAACAAUUGGAAGAAGUUUGUUGAGAUGUAUGAUGUGCCAGACCAACCUAAAUCCUUUGCCAAAUGGAGAAAUUCAAGAGGUUCUAGCAAAAGUCCCAAUUCACCUCAUGAGAAAGUCCGUCAUUUUGUAACCGCCUUCCUUGCACAAAACCUGCAGCGAUGUUUGCUUCAAGUCUUCAAGUAUUUCAUUGUAACACACGCAUAUUCAUCAAAAGGCCCGUACACAAAGCUUGAAGAGAAAGUGGUAAUGAUCUGUUACAAUUUUGAGCCAAGAACAGCGGCAGUUACUGCAUCCUAUGUACUGAACCGGGACCCCAGGACUGUUUACCUUAAAAUAGAACAGUUCAGUAAAGGUAAAAAGGAGCCGAGGAAACCACAAAAAUGGACACGAGAAAGGGCCACAAUGUUAGUCAAUAAACUCAUUCAAUACUCUGGUCUUAGUCUCAAACAAUUGCGAGACAAGACCAUAGACCACCAAGUAUGGGCUAAGAUCGACGAAGAAAUGAAUCAGGGCAUUUCCAAUUUAAAAGUAUUUUGGCAUGGAAAACUCCAUGUCCAAUUAUUUGUAGACCACAGUUUAAGACUAAGUCAGAUAAGAGAGGAUUUGUUGUACAAGUUGGAGCAGAAACAAGAUGAGUACAAAACAUGGAGAGACAUCCGGUGGAAGGAGCUGGUGAAAGAGUUCCCCCGGGGCUGCACCGCUGAGUUCCUGUACCGGAUAGCGGAGAGGACCUUCCGCAAGCAUAAGCUGCACAAGCUGCAUCUCCACCGAGCGCUGGUGGCGAAGCUCACAGACCCUACACACACAAGAGACCAAAGGUUGAGGAGACUCACGCUGAACGAGAAGAAUGAGCUAGUGAAGUGGGACAAGGAGGAGGAUAAUGAGGUCUCUGACACUGAUGAUGAUGAGGAAGGAAAAGAAAAUGAGGAAAAUGGAAACGCUGGGGAUAACAAUGAUGGUAAUUCACUUAAAUCUGAACCUAUUUCUGAUUCGCCGAAAAAGAUGAAGCGUCGGUCUGUGUGUGAGAAUGGGUCUACCGAACUCAGCCCGAGAAAAAAAGAUAAGAAAGAACGCGGGUCUGACACAGAUAGACCACGACAAAAUAGUGUAGAACAGAAUUCUGAUUAUAAUGAAGAAUCAGCCGUAAACAGUCCUAGAAAGAAACAUAAAAAUCAUGUUGAGCCAGCUUCUGAUUGUGAAAGUAGAACGUCUGUUAGCAGCCCAAGGAAAAAUUAUAAAGAAAUAAAGAUAAGACGGAGCUCUGAGGAAGAAAGGUUCAAAAUGUUCUUGGCUUCAACUGAUGAGGAAUCAUCUGCAAGCAGCCCACCGAAACGUGAUACGGAGCGACAUAAUGACGAUGAGUCAGCAGUAACUAGGAGCCCAACGAAAAAGGAAUUGAAAAGGCGUUCCGACACCGAAAUUGACUCAACAGCACGUAGCCCAGGAAAAAAUAAAUUAAAACCACCACCAAACCGUGAGCAUGAACCAACCAUCAACAACACCUCAAGGGAAAAACAAGUAAAUGAAAUAGAAAGUACUUCUGCUCGUGAUUAUGAGACAACGUGGAUGGUCAGACUUGACACACCAACGAUAGAAAACUUAAAGUCUGAAGAAGAAUCAGUCACCAGCAGCCAGAAGAAGUCUGAAGAAGAAUCAGUUGCCAGCAGCCAGAAGAAAAAGAAAUCAAAAAGACGUCAUGAAUCCGAAAACGAACCUACUACAACCGCAAAUACUCCUGCAAAAGUAAAUAAUCACAUGGAAGACUAUUCUGACUCCAAGGAUAAGUCGCUCACACAUAGUUCUAGUAAAAAGAAGUCGAAGCAACGCGUUGACUCUGAAAAUGAAUCGGGUGCAACUGUUGUUAGAAAAAAAGAAAACCAUAAGAGGCUUUUGGAGUUUGAGUUCGACUCGUGCAUCCCGGAAACCAUAACACAAAAAGAUAAAGAAGGACAAUCCGAGCGCGAAAAUGAAGUAGUCACAAAAAGGAAGAAACUAAAAAGACGCCAUGAUUCUGAAAAUGACUCAGCCGCACACACCCCAAGGAAAAUGGAACGAAGUAAGAUAGAUAGGCUUUUAGGCUAUGAAAACGAAUCCCACCCAGAACUGAUGUCGCAAAAUGAGAUAGAACCACAGUCGGGGUGUGAGAAUGGGUCACCCGAAAGAAACCCGCGGAAAAAAGGGAAGAAAAAGAAAAAACAUCAUGACUCUGAAAAUGACUCAGCCGCACAUACCCCAAGUGAAAAGGAACUAAAUAAGAUAAAUAGGCUUUUAGGCUAUGAAAACGAAUCAGGAACAAUGUCGCAAAAUGAGAUAGAACCACAGUCAGAGCGUGAAAAUGGGUCAUCCGAAAGAAGCCCGCGAAAAAAAGGGAAGAAAAAGAAAAAACGACGUUCUGUGUGUGAGGAUCAGGAAUAAUGUGGACAUUGGUAUUAUUUGUAUAUUAUAGUGGUGUACAUGCUCUGGUAGUCAGGUAAAGAAACCGCUACUUAUAGCAUUGUCACUUUGAGUUGAGAGGGUCAGGUUUUCUUUGCCCCAAUCCACAAAUCCUUUUCCACGAAUCCUUGUCAUUGUUAUUUUGUUGUACUUUAAGUCUUUGUACCACUUUUAAUAAUUAAAUAUGUUAUUUAAUG